AUUCUGUGUUUCCAGCCAGCCGGGAAUCGCUCUAGGACUCAUCCGACUAAAGGGAAAUGGCCCGUACCAAGCAGACAGCCCGUAAGUCCACCGGUGGGAAGGCUCCCAGGAAGCAGCUGGCCACCAAGGCCGCCAGGAAGAGUGCGCCCUCUACCGGAGGGGUGAAGAAACCUCACCGUUACAGGCCGGGUACUGUCGCUCUGCGUGAAAUCAGACGUUACCAGAAAUCCACUGAGCUUCUGAUUCGCAAGCUUCCCUUCCAGCGUCUGGUCCGUGAAAUCGCUCAGGACUUCAAAACAGAUUUGCGCUUUCAGAGCGCUGCUAUUGGUGCUUUGCAGGAGGCCAGCGAGGCCUACCUGGUGGGUUUGUUUGAAGACACCAAUCUGUGUGCUAUCCAUGCCAAACGUGUCACAAUUAUGCCAAAAGACAUCCAGCUAGCACGUCGCAUACGUGGAGAACGCGCUUAAACGCACCCGUGAGAAAACCCUGUCAUCUUCAAACCUUAAUAAAAAAAAAUUUAAAUCU